AUGGCGAUGGGGACGGUGUUGCAUCUGCUGAGGUGGCGAAUCGCAGCCGGUUCUGUGCUUCGCCAUCUUGACGAACUGGCACCCGCUGAGCUUGUGGUGACGGAUAUUGACGAGCUCUCAGCAAAGCCGGGUCUUCGACAAGACGAUGCUGCUGACUCGAAGAAGACGAAGCCCGUGAUGAUGAGGUGUGGGAGAUUCUCAGCGAACCAGAGCCUUCUACCCGGCGGUGCUGCUGCUGAGCCACCGGCGAAGGAAUCGAAGAAGGCGGCGGCGAACGAUCUGGCACUGGCUGAACUCGUGGUGAUGAAGUGGGAGCUACUCUCUGCGAAGCUGAGACAUCUGAUACUGGACGAGGCUGUGGUGAUGGAGAAUGAGGUACUCCCAGCGGAAUAUACGUCGCAAACCGACGAGACUGCUGCUGAGCCGUCGGCAACGGACUCGAAGGAGGCGAACGUCUUGACCUUGACCUGUCGAUACGCAAUGGCCUCGAACGAGGAGAUGGGUAUCAAGUCGCUGAACGCACGCCAAUGA